UGGCUGCGCUUGCCGACUAUUUCGUGACGUUAUCGACGCGCAUUUCGUGAUGAUACAGCGUACACAUGGACAGCGCGAUCGGGCAUGGACCCCGACAGGCCCCCGCAAGCCUGGCUGCGCUUGCCGGCGAUUUCGUGAUGUCUUACAUGAAACAUCUGCCCAUAUUGCAUCCCGUUAUUCUUUCGAUCGCCCCCAGGGCAUGACACGUCACAAUCAACAAAACGUUGAAGCCACCUCUUAAAAAAAAUCAAAUUCAAUACUUAGAAUACUAAAAGUGUUAACAAAUCUCAGAUAACAUUGCAAGCAAAUCUCAGAUAACAUUCCAGUCGACCGAUGAUGAUUUAAAAAAAUCCAAAGCUAUUUUGAGAAUAUGACGUCCUUUUGUUAGACAUAUAACAACUUGAGGUCAGUCCAAGCCUGGGGCACUCUUCCACCUUUGUCGGUAGUAUUAUACCUAAACUUGACGAACAAGUAUGACGCAAUCCCUAAAAUCGCGUUCAAGAUGGUGAGUGUCUUACUACUUGCUGUAUUAGUCCUAUGUGGUGGUUUAGCUACUUACCGAGCCCAGGACACUACAUCCGACCAGCCUGGGUUCAUCCUACGAGAGUAUGCAGACAAUGGCUACUGCACCUAUAUCUAUAUGGUCCCACCAGGGCAGCGUACAGAGGGAUGUUUACCGCCGGGGCAAACAAUCACGAGCACUGCGGGACUAGAGCGACGGCUCGCCGAGACCGAAGAAGAAACGGGACGCUUGAAAGAUCAAGUUGAUCGCCUGUCGUCGAUGGUGGAAACUCUUCUAUCCAGGGUGGACAGUUUGUCUGAAUUUGUAACUGAUGAGACCCCAGUAGACGAUGCCCCCGUCCCCUCCGCCUUCACCUGUACGGGGAAGCAGCCGGGUCUGUACGCCGACCCUGCCGACUGCUCCAUGUACUACGAGUGUGUGCUGGGCCACCCCGUGUACCACCGGCCCUGUGCCCCGGGAGGUGUGGUGUUUGACCCCGAAAGACAGAUCUGCAACUGGCCGUGGAAUGUGUCCGGUCCGUGUAGGAAUCACGGGAAGUGAGGGAAACAGAGUUUGAAGAUAAGUCGUCUCAUCUCGGAUGGAGUAAGUUUAUAUAAACUAGCUACAGUACGCGUGGCCACGGACUUACAAAUCAUCAAAUGUAUAGUGUGUUUAAAGUUAAAAAGAGCUAAAAUGUUGCAUUGUUAUAUUUAGUUCAGAUCUUUGUAUAGUGGCACACAGGGCAGCAAAUUUCUUUGCUGUUUCGUAGCAGGGUAUAUUCUUUUAGGGAG